AUGGGGCAACGGAUAAAUAAUAAUACUUUGUUUUUGUCUAAUAACCCGUGGUAUAUUAUUGUUGAAUCUAUCUAUCUAUCUAUCUAUCUAUGUCUGUUUAUAUUUAUUUAUCUAUCUCACUCAGCCCGCAUUUAUCUAUUUAUCUACAGCUCAUCGCUUCCUUUCCUUUUCACAACUUCAAUUGCUUUCUUUUUUUUUCUUUCUUUCUUUCUUUUCUUUUUCUUUCUUCAUUUUGUAGAUUUUCGGAAAUUCUUUUCUUUCUUUCUUUCUAUCUUUCUUUCCUCCUUUUCUUUCUUUCUUUCUUUCGUAGAUUUUUUAGAUUCCUUUCUUUCUUUUUUUCUUUCUUUCUUCAUUUUUUUCUUUCGUCUUUCUUUUAAACUUUCUCCUUCUCUUUCUUACUUUCUUUACCUUGUUUCUUUUUUCAAUUAUUCAUUCGUUGUUUUUCUUCAUUUUUCUUUCGUCCUUAAAAUAUUUUUCUUUCUUCACGUUUCUUCUUCACCUUUUUUCCCACAAAUUCCUUUCCGUUUUUCUUUCUUUCUUUCUCCGUCAUAUUUUUCUUUUCUUUUCUUUUCUGUCUGUUUUCCUUUCUUUUUCUUUCUUUCUGUAAACAUUUGCUUAUUUUCUCUCUUCUUUAUUCUUUCUUUGAAACUCUUGUUUCUUUGCUUUCCUCUUCCUCUUUUCCUUUUUUUCUUUAUUUUCUUUAAAUCAUUUUUUCCUUCACUUUUCUUCAUUUAUUUCGCAACAGCGGUUUUUUCUCUUUCUUCUGUUAAAUGCUUUUUUUUUUAA